UCAUAUGACUAAUGUGCGCCUUUUGCGUGCCGCGCUUAAUCGAAGCCCAGCUUAUUCAGAAACCGGAACUCGCGUGCCCUAACACGGAGAGAGUACUUUUCUUCCAAAGAUUUCAAAUCUCGCGGGAAAAUGGAAUCUGAAGUGCAACCAGCCCCGUCGAAUCCAUCGGCCAUGCUUGCAUCUCUCGUUAGCAAGAGAAAGAAGCUUCAAGAAGAGCUCCGUAGCAUCGAGAAGCAGGCUUUUUACCAACAUAUUAAGACAUUUUUAUUCUACUUGUGGAAGUCCUUAAUCUCUAUUAUCAUGUCCAAGGUUUAUGAGUUAGAGACAAGUUACUUACACGAUUCAAGUCAAUGUGGGAAUGUUCUGAAAGGUUUCGAAGGAUUUCUAUCAUCAUCCAAGAGCACCACCAACUUAAAGCGUUCCAGGAAGUUUCAGCCUGAAGAUAGACUGUUCUCUUUGUCAUCGGUUACUUCACCAGCAGUGGAAGAGCAUGCAGUUGGACGUGAUGAUGGAAGGGCAGAUUUUGGUCCAGGUCGGUCGAAGGGUGGAGGCACACCUGCUAAUGGACAGGGAAAGCCAAAGAAGGGUAGAACAGUGCCAAGAGAUGGGAAGAGAAUCAGGCCAUCAAGUGAACAGGAGCUUGAUGAUGAAGACGAUCCUGAUCUAAGUUUAAGAUGAUCACACCCGAUAUUUCAUGCACGAACUUCAGCUUAUGUCAUAUUAUUGGCUUGCAAGUGUAAGAAAUGCAGUUGAGCUUGGGAUGUGUCUUUGCCUUACUAUUGUAGGAAUUAUUAAUCUUGGAAUUGGAAUAGAAAUGCUAACCACUCAAGCAGAAUAGAAUGCCCUGUUCCACAUUGCAAUCCAAGGAGUCUUGACUGCUUGAUUAUCAUUACAGAGUUGCUGCUUUUGAUAAUAUUGCAAUGACACAGCUUCUGGAUUCUGCUGUGAAUUUAUU